AUGAUCUUGCAAGAUGUACAGAAGACGGAUCGGAAUCAGAUCGGAAACAACUAUGAAUCGUUUAACCGGGGUUUUUCACAUGCAAUUUGGUGCUGGCACCGCAACGACCCAACGAGCUCCCCGGCGGAAAAACAGCGAGCGCGACCGUCCCAAGAUAGCAAUUUUCCGAUCUCCGCCAUGAUCAUGUUCGACACGAUGUUCUCAAAGCGCUCACGAAACGCUCACA